AUUAAUGCUGAUGCAGAGAAGGAGGAGGGCGAGGAGUUUGAGGACAGCAUGGACGUCUACGACGACAGCAGUUCCAGCCCAUCGGGGACACUGAGGAACUACCCUCUGACCUGCAAAGUUGUUUAUUCCUACAAGGCUUCCCAGCCGGAUGAACUGACCAUCGAGGAGCACGAGGUCUUGGAGGUUAUUGAAGAUGGAGAUAUGGAAGAUUGGGUAAAGGCGCGAAAUAAAGCCGGGCAAGUGGGUUACGUCCCGGAGAAGUACCUGCAGUUCCCCACGUCCAGCAGCCUGCUGAGCAUGCUGCAGUCCCUCGCGGCGCUCGACAGUCGCUCCCACACCUCCAAUAACUCCACGGAGGCCGACCUCGUCUCGGGCAACCUCAACGGAGACGCCAGCGUCUGUUUCGUAAAAGCACUUUAUGAUUACGAGGGCCAGACGGACGACGAGCUGUCCUUCCCCGAAGGAGCCAUCAUCCGCAUCCUGAACAAGGAGAAUCAAGACGACGACGGCUUUUGGGAAGGGGAAUUCAACGGCCGCGUUGGGGUGUUCCCGUCCGUGCUGGUCGAAGAACUGACAGCCGCACAAAACGGAGAGACUCAGUGGAUUGGAGAUAUUCAGGUUUCCCCAACGCCGAAGGCCAACAACGCGCUGCCGCCGCUGCCGCUCUACGACCAGCCGCCCGCCAGCCCCUACCCCAGCCCCGACAAAAGAGGCUCCCAGUUCUUCCCCCGAUCACCAUCCACCAACGAAAACAGCUUCAGUUCGGAGUCCCCGGGAUUCUCGCAGCCUCCACGACUCCCUCCCGAGGGUUCCUAUGGAAAACUGCGGCCGGUGCGAGCGGCUCCGCCGCCCCCGACGCAGCAUCAGCGCCGGCCCACGGAGAAGAUCGAGGACGUGGAAAUCACCCUGGUGUAA